AUGUCGUGUGAAGUGAAGGUGCUUUCGUCUGUUGACGAUCUGGGCGAAGUGCAAGAAUAUUUCGGACUUGGUUCAGACGAUUGUUGGCUUAAUUCAGUUAGCUAUUCGCUCUCUCCAGCCGGGGACAUUCUGGCGCUCGGUCAUGGAUCGAUUCUGGUGGUGCUGACCUCGCGCUGGGACCGCCAACGGCAAUUGAAUGUCUACAAGACGGCCUGGCGGGGGGCUAUCGAUGAUCCAACCAGCAACAUAACGGCCAUCCUGUGUGCUCCGAUCGUUGGCCAGGGCCAGAGCUCGCAAACCAUGGUCGACUUCAGUUACAUUAUUGUCGGGCUAGAUAGUGGCCAGUUGCAGUUUUACGGAGAAAAUGGCACGCUAAUUCAUUCGCAAAUAUUUCACCAAGAAGCGAUCCAGGCGCUAAAAGCGCAGAGUGGCAAACAUAUCAACGAGGAACUCUACGUGCUGUACGCGUCCUGCACGGUCAUUCUGCAAGGGUCGCAAUUAUUUCCGCUGCUAAGAAGCCUGCGCCAACAGAUUAACCGCUACGGCGCCGGCAGCUCGAAAGUGAACGAAGCACAGGAAACGAUCGCCUGCCGCAAGUGGAGCUACGAAAAGGGCAUGACGAUCGUGGAUGCGGUUGUUGUGGGACCGCAAAAGAGUUGCACCUUCGACCAUCUGCUGACGGCCAGUCUGGAGGGAGGGUUUUUCGCCAAGUAUCGCCACGCGGCACCACAGAACUCGCUGAUCAUCGCCGCCGGCAGCAAACCGUACGUCGGGUACCAUUACGCCAAGGAGGGUUUCACGCAACCGGUCCUGGCGGACGUUGCCCGGGCCGUGGCUAGCAAAAUCAAAUCUGCCUUACCCUCCUGGCUCGGUGGCGGUGCUAACAGUGGAUCUUCGUCCCAUCAGCAACCCAACGCCGAACCACAGCUUCCUGCUUCCGAACCGUUGAUAUGCCGUUUCGGGCUUUGCGACUUGCAGCGGAACGCGUUUGCGGUGUGGCUUGCCCCGAAUUAUCAACUGGCGGCCGUUGCCGAUAAUCUUGGGCGCAUCAUUCUUGUGGACUGCCAGCGAGGGAUUGCGUUGCGCAUCUGGAAGGGCUACCGGGACGCACAGUGCGGGUUUGUGGAGGUUCCGGAGAAGCUACCGAAAGACGCCUCAGGAUCGGCGGGUCGAAACAAGAUCGAUCGCCGGCGAGCCUUAUUUCUCGUGAUUUACGCUCCCAGGCGUUCGGUUCUCGAAGUGUGGGCCCUACGCUCCGGCGGUCCCAAAGUGGCCGCUUUCAGUGCGGCCAAAAACGGGCAGCUAAUCUACAGCACGUACAGUCAGAUGGGUGUAACGAGUGGGACGAGCAAGGUCAAGUACACCGGGCACGGGUGCUCCUUUCUCGAUCCGUCCGAUCGCAGUCUGAAGGAGAUCGUCAUACCGUUUCACUGUGCGCUGAGUGAUUCCAAGUCGAAGGUGGCCAAAGAUUUGCAUCUACUCAAGCGAUUAAAGGUCUGCCUGAAGGCGGGCGAUGGUAGUGAGGCGGAAGAGUGCGACGAGAUGAGCGAAAUGUGUCGAUGCUUCGAGACGGACGAAAUCCGGUUGCAGUGCGUAGAAAUGCUCGCCAAACAGCGAAGGAUUCGGCCGAGAUUAUUUGCCGCUGCGAUCGAUAUUUUUGCGGACGCUUCUCUGCCGGGCGGAUCGAGUACCACUUCGCAUCACGGUCCGGUUUCAGAAACGGAAGAGACCGAGGAUGUUGAUACCCGUUCCGAGUGUAUACAGUUAUGCAAAAGUCCACUGAGGAUCGCGUGCGAAAACUAUCAACGAUUGGUCACGUUCUACCUGUACCUUCACGGCGAUGUGCCUUUAGCGAUGGGCCGCGUGGAAAACGAAGAGAACCCCGUCGAUGAACAACGAUCGGACGAGAAGCCAAGCGAAGAUAACAACGUGAAGCUCUCUGAACAAGAGCUAACCGUGAUCGAGCAACUGAUCGGACUGAUCAAGAUGAAUGAUGGCGACGGGCUGCCGGGAACAUCCGGAAGUUGCGGUGCCGGGGCCACCGGGAACGCGCCAGGAACGAGGGCUGUAAAGUUUGAUGAUAGUGCCAGUUCAGGUGCACGCAAUACCAGCUUUGUGGAGUACCUUGCGUCUUUCAACGUGGCAAACGAAGAUCUUAUCCUGCUACGGGAAGAACACGGUCCCAGCGCCUAUGCCGGACUGGGGAAGAUAAUCUUCGAGGAACUGUACCGUAACACGAGUUCUCCUGAGUCACGAUUAAAAGGUUUCGUUCUAGCCGCAGAGUCCUGUGGGUUGAUGCCAGAAGAUCUUCUUCGUAUGUUCUUGGCCUACUGGUUGCGUUUGCCAUUUUCCUAUCGCGAUACGGCGUCGCUGAUUGAGGAUCUCAAUCGCUUCAACACCGUACUGCGACAGAUUUGUUUGCUUGCCCGUGAUAAGAUUAACUUCGAGAACAACGCCAUCUGCAUCUGGUGGCAGUCGGUCCGGGAGUACCUUCUCGAGUCGCCCUGUGCCUUGCGAGGCUUGUUGGCGGCCCUGAUGUGCCGGAACGAGGCGCUCCGGCAUGAACAUCGACGACGCAGCGACGAGGAGGAGGCCAGCGAGCAAUUCGAAGAGGUUACGCAAGAGGCCUGCCAGUGGACGCUGCUGAUCGACAAACUGGAGGAUGUGGCGAUCCUUGGGAUGAUUCUGGGAGAAAGUGUACACUGUCGCAAUCCAUGCUGGCCCACGCUCCGGUACCACAAACCCACGGUUAGCCUGAAGGAGAUACUCGUCGGUGGGAAAGGAAUUGUAUCCGAGCUGACGGCGAAAUGGGUUGCGUCGACCGGUAUCGAACCGGACGCGCUGGUAAUCGAGGUAUCGCCGGAGGCAACGGAAAGCGACCCAAAACCGGCGCCAAACGAUACGAAGGAACCGGAGAAAGUGGACCACCGCGAACGUAAUCGACAAUUGACGUUGAUAAAGACGAACCUCCUGCAAGCGUCCGAGUAUGGUCCGAACAGCGACACAGCUGACGAGCAGGAAGAGCUCGAUCCGGUGCUGUACAAUUUGAACAUUCUGCGUCUGCACUUCCCCUUCAGUCUCGAUUCGGGUCAGCUGCUGGCCCAGCUCACCUGGGAGUACAUUGGUUCGUGGAGCAGAGGCAUGGCCAACAUUGCUAGCUUGAAAGCGGGCCUUGCCAGUCUGAAAGCCAUUCCUCGGUUACAGUACUCGAUCAAGCACGGACUGUGCUGUAUGAUCUGGAACGCACACCUAAAAAUUCCGCUCGAGGCCACCAAAAAGCUGGUCAACAAGGUGGGCCGUUUACCGAAAGAGAAACUCUGCCUGCAGGACAUCGGCAUCAGCGAUUCGCUUGUCCCACAGUUUCUCGAAUGUUGUUUGGAGUUUUUUGAUCAGUUCGCCGGAAGUAUUGAUCACGAUAAGAUCGAGCUGCGGUUCGAGGAAAUACUGCAGGAGGGUCCCGUCCCACUGACGGCCCUCGCGGUGCAACAAAACUCCGCCAAUAUGGCUCUGCUCCGGUUACACCAGGAGUUAACGACGGUGCUCCUGGUGCUGACCUCGUUCAACGUACGGUACGCCAACAAACCGAUCCAACAGCUGUUCGAUGGGAUGGCCAAUCAGGCGUUCUUUGCCGAAAUCAAUCGACAGCCUAAUGCCGCGAACGCACUGCCCAAGGCGGACCAAUUGCUGCGCAAAGCUCGACUAGAGUUCCUGUGCCGAACGGUGACCGCCACGAUGGACUUGAUACACGAAGAAAUGGAAACAGUCUACUACACGGACCACAACGACUGGAUGGAGACCAUCGAGCGACUGGCUGGCAUGUGGGAGCUAGAGCUGGGUGACAUUCGCAAACACCAGAUCAUCGAACUUUACGCCCAUGGUUGGGACUCGUACGCUCAAGAGCUGCUAUCGAACGUCAUUCCAGACCAAACGUUCGCCAAUCUGUUGCUCACAAUCGCUGGGCGCCGGUUGGCCCUUUACACGAAGGCAAAUCCGACAGCCUGGGGACAGAUUGCGGCCGUUGGGCCCCUGCUUACUGACUACCUCGAUACGCUCGUCAGCAACGACCGCUACGGGCCACCGUUACGGUUUGCCGAGAUGGACGAGGAAACGCUGCAGACGGCUGCCGGCGGAGAGUUGUUCAUCGAAAAGGUAACCAAACUGGCGGAGAAAGCUUUCAACUGCCUUUCGACGUUGGCGGUUAACGCGAAGGGAACCUCGAAGGAACUGCGCGUUGCGGGACUAAUAUUUGAUGCCUGUGCCACCAUCAAGGACCACCGACCCGUCUAGGACGGUGCAGCAACCGGCGUGACGUGGCAUCCAGCCGUGAUUGUAAAUAUUUACACACAAACAUCUAAUAUAUUGAGUUGAGGCACAUGUUCGUACGGUCUUCUUUGUACUGAUCGUUUUAUUAUGUUAUACAGAAGAAAACAAAUUCAUUCAUUUAUCCCAAAGAAUUAAAAUUAACAAAGAUCUGCUGACGAACGUUUCAUUUUAUUCG